AUGCUCUCAAUGCUCUUUGACGAGGUGAUCCCAUCCAUCUGUGCCGUGGAAAAUGAAUCACAAGAUGGUCUCAGUGUAUGGGAUAGAAGAAAUUCGACGGCACAUGAUCUUGUGGAACCUCAAUGUGGACGCUACUACUACUACUACUACUACUACUACUACUACUACUACUACUACUACUACUACUACUACUACUACUACUACUACUACUACUACUACUACUACUACUACUACUACUACUACUACUACUACUACUACUACUACUACUACUACUACUAG